AUGGGACCACUCAUGCCCCAGAGGUAGAGAACACAACAAAUCAGGACUGUACCCAACCGGCUAUAAAACAGUUUCCACAUCCGAUUAUGUCUCCUUCGACAAGGCGUCAUGGUGGGUUGAUAAUCCACGUUUUGGUUGCUAUUUAUAUGUUCCUGGGUUUGGCAAUCGUCUGUGACGAGUACUUCGUCGCAUCGCUUGACAGGAUAUGUGAAGAACUGAAAAUGUCGCCAGACGUCGCCGGAGCCACUUUCAUGGCAGCAGGAAGCUCGGCGCCGGAACUAGCCACCGUCAUCAUAGGUGUUUUUCUCGCUCAGGACGACAUUGGUAUAUCAGGAGUAAUUGGCUCGGCAGUUUUCAAUAUAAUGUUCGUCAUUUCAUGCUGUGGAUUGUGUUCCAGUGUAGUGAUCUAUUUGAAUUGGUGGCCACUGAUUAGAGACUGCUUUUUCUACGCCGUGUCAGUUUUAGUCUUGUUACUGGUGAUUUUUGAUGAAAGAGUAACUUGGGUAGAAUCGCUGAUAUUACUAUUUACGUAUGUCAUCUACUGUGUGGCGCUCCACUACAACACACUACUUGAGAGCAUCGCCUACUCUCUGCCAGUACCAUUCAGGCACACAGCUCCAACCGAACAGUCUGGUCUGGUGAGCUACAAAACCUUAGACGACGAUGGAAAAAAGCCCAAUUACGGAAUGGACUGGUCCCCUGAGAAACAACAGGAAGCCGAAGAUCCAGGAUUUGCCAAUCAGUUGAGUGGCCCUGCUUUAAACCAGGCCACAAUAGAAGCAUCUCCGCAACAGUCUGCCCUUCCUGCGAGGCCCAUCCAGCAGGAUUAUUAUAAGCCCAAAGAGUACGAUCCCAGCACACAUGUAAAUCCUCUCAUCAGGCCAGAAGGCGCAGGAAUUUACAGACAUGUCGUGUGGGUUGUUCUAUAUCCCAUUCACUGGCUCUCUCGAAUGACUAUGCCUGAUUGUCGAACUGAAAAGUACAAAAAUUGGUACGCAUUUACAUUUUUCGUUUCCAUGGUUUGGAUAUCAUUUUAUUCAUACUUUAUGGUGUGGAUGAUUACGUUGAUAGGUUAUACGUUAUACAUCCCAGACACAGUGAUGGGCCUUACCUUCGUUGCAGCAGGAGUUUCUGUUCCUGAUGCUUUGUCUAGCAUAGCAGUGAUAAAAGAAGGGUAUGGCGACAUGGCUGUAUCCAAUGCAGUAGGAUCCAACGUUUUUGAUAUUCUGGUUUGUUUGGGCCUUCCAUGGUUCAUUAAAACAGCCAUCGUGAGUCCCGGAUCCGUGGUGAAAGUUAGGAGCAAAGGUCUCCCGUAUUCUACUUUAUCGCUUUUAUCUACAGUAGUCCUUUUGGUAGUGGCUACCCAUUUGAACGGUUGGAAGUUAGACAGAAGAUAUGGCAUUAUACUAAUGAUUUGGUAUUUAAUUUUCAUUACCUUCGCUAGUAUAUACGAAUUCAGUUUUUUCAAACCAUGCGAUGGCAGCGAGUGGUAA